AUGGAUUGUGAUGACGAAUUGAAAAAGUGGUUCUAUGAACAGGCGAAUCUGCACAUAUCCUCUUUGAAUAUCAGAUUUCGUGAGAAGUGUGUUAUCAAAGAAGCAAUGAAAAAUAAAAUCAUGAAUUGUUUACGUGAAAACGCGAUUACUACGGACGAUUUUGAUUCACGUUUUACGUCUUGGUGUCGAAAUUCGUUUAUGGUGUGUGAUAUCGGCAGCGAAAGGUUUCUAUGUGACAUGAAAUCGAAAAAGCCAGUUCUUCUGUACGAAAACAUGUAUGAAGUUUACAAGAAAAUUCAUAUUGAAACGGCGCAUGCGGGACGAGAUAAGUGUCUCGAUGCGUUAUCAAUAAAUUAUAGUUGGUUCAAUAGAGAACUUUUACAGAUUUGUCUUAAAAGCUGUUCAUCAUGCCAACAACGAAAAUCAAUUAAGAGACCUACUGUAUCAAAACCCAUCAUUGCACUCGAGUUUAUGACAAGAGUACAAAUGGAUUUAAUUGAUAUGCGAACUCGUCCUGACAUGAAUCCUAAUGGUAAAACGUACAAAUGGAUCUUGCAACUAAAAGACCAUUUUUCGAAAUACUGUUGGGGACGAGCACUGCAGAAGAAAGAAGCUCGAGAAGUCUAUGACUGUGUCCGCGAAAUCUUUUUCCAAUUUGGACCACCACAUAUACUUCAAAGCGAUAAUGGUCGUGAAUUUGUUAAUGAAUUAAUCAAUAGUCUUGAAGCAGACUUCCCAGGGAUGAAUAUUGUACAUGGUAGACCACGACAUCCACAAACACAGGGUUUGAUAGAACGUGCAAAUGCGAUUUUAUCUGAUGCAUUAGUUCAAAAACCUGUCCCUUAUGAGAUCAACGUCAAGUAA